AUGAUGUCACCGUCCCUCGCGUUGCUUCUGUUGUUUGGUAGCGUCGUCGCGAAGGCUGUGGAUAUUCUGCACUAUGAUGGAUUUGUGCCGGAAGUGGAAGAACUUGUAGAGUCAAACAUCGCGCCCUUACUGGCGUAUGAUGACGGACUCCUCUACACUUCAGGAAACAGCGAGAGUGGGGCGGCGGUGUGCGGAACAACAGCCAAUAUCACACCGCGUAUGGUAUUUCCCAUUACUUUGAAGAAGUUAGACAGCAUGCACAGAAGGGUGCAACAAGGGAUGCCAUGGAGCGGCACCAUGUUGGAUCUUAAUAUGGUAGAGGGCUGCUACACGAAGUACGACGAGGAUGGAGAAGUUUGUGCCGCAUCGCUGCAGUCGCUGCCGAAACAGUGCGGAAUGGAUAUUGAGAGCUCCACAAUGUAUUGGGCGUACCGUGUGAACCAGAGGAGUCCGGUGGCCGAAUCGACAAAAGUGUUUGAAAACGGGGCUAGCGUUCUUGUUGAAGAUAUUUUGUACAUCCGCCCGCAGCGUGAGGAGUUGCGCCGCGCUAUUCGGUUAAACAAGGAGUUCAACAAGGCGGGGGCUGAGUUGUUUGAAAUUGCACGUCGAGGGUGGAAGCUGAACACUACCGAAGAGGACCAGCAAGCCUUUCGCCACGCCGUGAGCGCUAGGGGGACACAGAUGGUGAAGGAAGCCUAUUCUGCCGCAAUGCGAAAAUGGAAAAUUGUUAAGCAGUGGCUGAAGACGUCCAUUGGGAAAGUGGACCGCCAGGUUCCCACCUUCACAGCCGUCGGUAAUGGAACUUUGCUUUCAAUGGACGUCUGUUGUAACGUUGCGGAAAGGAUAGACGAUUGGAUGCCUAUAACAGAUCGUAAUUUGUACAUCCCUGGCGUUCACGGUCGCUCGUAUUCAGAGUUGCUAACCUUCUUUCGUGGAACAAAGGUGAACGAGAGCAGCAAGGAGCGUUAUCCUAAUGUUAGUCACCUCCCCUGCGCAGCGGUGUCGCUUGCCGUUGCAAUGAUGCUACACGAUGACUUCCCUGUACGUCUGUUGUAUCAAAACAUAACGGGUGAAGCUAAUACGGAAACACUCUGGCCUUGGGCUCGAUUCGAGGAACUUAGCACCGUAACUACAAUGAGUCCCAAGUACCGCAGUUACACCAUGAAGCAGUUCGCAUACAUUCUCAAUUAUACACUCGACCAUUCAGCGGAAACGGGGAGGUUUGGGGGCGGUCUGGCACUCGCCGAAUGCGUGACUCGUAGUAUCCUCCGCAUCACCGGUAGGGACGGUUUGCCGCCGCAACCCUCACUCUUCGAUUGUUAUUCACCGGCGUAUAACCAAUCUCGAAUGAAAUCCACCGACAAUGAAGCACCUCCCAGCAAAUAUAAGUGGGUCGCUGGAGGAGAAGGGAUGGAAUCCUAUGCAGGAACGCCAUGUCCGUGGGGCUUUACUCGUGCGAGUGGAAACCUUUGGAGCACACGAGAGCCAUGUGUCGUCUGCCCGCCGGGAUCCUUCAGCGACGGUGAGGGUGGUUGUCGCUGCAGCAGUGCCUCCUACCCAACCCUCAUGGGCUGCAUGACCAAAAGGGGGCGGUAUCCAAUAAAAGCUAAGUGGAAGUGGCUUGGCGGGCCGAUGGGCGUCAGGGUUGCCAAUAGGGACAAUGGCCAGUUGGUGCCUUUGCUUGUGGUGAAAGCGCCACCGAAUGCUGAGGAUGGAGACCAAGUAAAAGUGCUGAUUGAGUGCACAAAGGGGCUAACGGAGUUUAAAGCAGUCAUAACAUCCACACAGAGUAAUUCUUCCAAGACUGAGCUUGUCGACCUCCCAGUGGAGCGCAACACGUACAUCUUCACCACAUCGAAUACUACAAUCAGUCUGGACACCUCAGCGGCGUUCGGUGGAGACCAGUGCAACUUCAGCACGAAGGUGGUAAACCCAAAGUAUAGCGACUCACCUGUGGUGCAGGCGGGCACACUGCUGGUUUUACCCCCUGUAGCGGAGUUGAGGAACACUGCCCUCCCCGUGCAGCAAUCAUCAGCGAAUGCAAUGGCAGUUGAGCAACUUGCGAACUGCACGAGCGAGGUGCGUAACGACCCUGGCAGUGUUGGCAUCGCUCUCUGCGUCACUCAUGGGCAGGACGUCUCUGUACGCAUCGGCACACAUGCAUACACGCCGCUCACAAAUGCGAUGUGGCAUAUUCUUAAGAGGUCAGUUUGGACCAACGGGGCGAAAGCAAAGGAGUUGGGUAAGCUAAUGAAGCCGGUGGUUGAGAGAAUGCGCCUCGCAGUGAAGGUAACGUUCAAAUGCCAUGGAAAUGUCACCACGGUGGGAGAAGCGUUUAGUGGAAACAUCGCCGUCGGACGCGCCAUGCAUACGGUUGGCGUCAAAUCCAACAAUAUCUCAGAACUAGUGGUGACAACACAAAUUGUUGACUUCUGUACAACAGAAGAAGGUGUCCAUCACACAAGCUGCGCGGGCUCCAGGCACCUUUUUAUCGCAAGCGAUGUAUCUAACGUCACCUUCUUUCUUGCCCCGCGAAAUAAUACAGAAGGCCACAGAGCAGAUGAUGACGACAACGACGAAGGUCGUAAUGAAGGUGCGAAGAAGCCCCAUGAAGGAGGACACGACGAGGGCGCCGAUGUGACGCAGCAGUCUCGAAUGGUAUCGGGUAUGCUCCGCUUGAGAGUGCCACUCAUUGCUCUUGGAGCGGUGGAUGCUUUGCUGGUUGCCAUCACUGCAGCAAUAACAGUCCUGUAUUACGCACGCUACCGCAAGACCGCGCUGCCUGAGGUCGAAGGUAAUCCUUGA